GCGGCGGGCACGCGCGGCGAUUCCGGUUCGGCGGCAGUGCUCCCCGCUGCCCUCGGGCGCAGAAAAAUCAUGUCCUCCUCCAGACUGGGGUCCCGUUUGGCUGUCUGCUUACUAAACAUUUCAGAAGCCAGAAGAAAAUACAUUGUUGAGAACAUAGCAAAAGUAGCUCUUGAAAAAAAUGGGCAGAAACAUCCUGAAGCAUCAGUGCUCAAUAUAUUUUCUGAUCAAGACUACAACAGAUCAGUUAUUACAAUUGCAGCUUCUGUUGAUAAGUUGGGCAGUUGUGUUCUGGCUGCCUGUUUGGAGGCCUUCCGAGCCAUAGACAUGGAGGUUCAAGAGGGAGUCCACCCUUGCCUGGGAGCAGUGGACCUGAUCCCCAUUUACCCUCUCUCUGGUGUUGGAGUGGAUGAGUGUGGAGCUGUAGCCAGAAGCCUCGCUAAGGACCUGGUCCUGCACGUUCCUGGCUGCAGUGUGUUUCUCUUUGGUGAAGCAGACCUGCCUAAGAAGCGCAGUCUUGUUCAGAGAAGGAAGCAGCUGGGCUGGUUCACAAGGAGGGAUUUCAGUGCUCUUGAGCCUGACCUGGGAGCUGCACCUGCCCGAAGAUGUGGUGUAACAGGUGUUGGUGCCAGCCCAUAUGUGAUGAACUGCAAUGUUACAAUAGAUUCUCAAGACUUGUCUGUGGGAAGAGAGAUAGCUCAUGCCAUUCGAGGAUCCAGUGCACAUGGAUUGAAGGGUGUCCAAGCAAUGGCUUUUCCCCAUGAAGGGAAAAUUGAGAUAGCUUGCAACGUAGAGAGUUUUGAAAACCAAGAAACUACAGACACCUCAGAAGGCUCUCAAUAUGUGACUUAUAGUGUUCUUGGAGACCGUUUUUCUUAUGUGUCUCCACAUUACAUAGAAGCUCAAGUUAAAAAGUUGGCAAGUAAUCAGGGAAUUGGUACCAUAGGAAGAGCGCUAGUUGGAUUUACACCCCCGGAGUGCAAGAACUGUGCUGAAUAUGCUAUAAAGGAAAAUAUUGGGGAAUUCUGGAAGAUUCGGGAAGGUGUUUUCAUGUGAUCAAUCUAAGGCUUCACUGAAAUUUUAAAGAAACGUAUCAAUCAUUGCAAAAUUUACUUUUGAUCAAUGAAGAUCAGAGGAAGAUACAAAGAACUUGGUUGCAUCUGCGUAUUGAAAAAUUGGAAGCAUUAUUUCCUCAACAACAAUAACAAAUGCUUGUAGAUCAUCCAUAAUCACCUGUGAUGUUUCUAGUCACCAUCAAAACUUUGUGAGAGCCUGCUCUGUGUCAAGUACAUUAGAUGCCAUUUUGAAUAACCUGAGUAAGGUGGCCAUAGUUGCUGAGCCACCUUUAUGAAAUAACAACAACAACAACAAUAGACUCAAUUUGGUUUUCCUGAACAAUUUGUUUUACAAUUGCUGGGACUGAACCCAGGGCUUUGUGCAUGCUAGGCAAGUGCCCUACCCUCCCAGCCUGAUUUUCCUGAAUUCUGUAUUCCCAAGUUCUGUACUCAACUCUUUUUUUUUUUUUUUUGAGUAGUCAAUUUUUUAAAAUGUGCAUUUAUGAAAAUCAUGUACUAAGUGAUUAAAAAGUGGAGCAAUUAUAAAAUAAAAUCUUUCUUUCAAA